AUGGCCGUCAUGUCCAUCCCUCACAUUCCCAUCCCCGUCUUGCUCGUCGCUCUUGUCGCCAUCUAUGCCUUCCAUCGGAUCUACUAUGAAUUGACCACCGGUGCCCGCAGGCGCCGAAUGAUCCGGGACAAUGGAUGCGAGGAGGUCGUGUGGUACCCUCACCAAGGAAUCAUGGGCAAACUCUACGGCAUGGAUGUGAUUAAGCUGAUGAUCAAAUCGGGCCGGGAGGGUCGACUGCACGAGGCGACCCGGCUGAGAAAUUUCAGCAAUGGGCGAAACACCGUCAAAGUCAAGCUGGCCAAAAACACCGUCAUCUCCACCAUCGAACCCGAGAUCAUCAAGACCAUCCUCUCCACCAAGUUCCAGGACUACUCCCUGGGCAAGAGAAGGAGACAGGUCUUCCUCCCCAUCUUCGGCCAUGGCAUCUUCGCCAACGAUGGCGCGGCCUGGGAGAGAUCUCGUGCCAUGGUACGACCCAACUUCACCCGUCAGCAGGUGGCCGACCUCGAGAUGUUUGAAGCGCACGUCUCACAUCUUAUUGACUCUGUCCCUCGUGAUGGAUCGACCGUCGACUUGCAAGAUUUGUUUUUCGGCUUGACCAUGGAUUCUGCGACCGAGUUCUUGUUUGGCAGAUCGACCAACACCCUGGCCCCAGGCUUGGAGACCAAGUCAGCCAAUGACUUUGUCAAGGCUUUUGUCUAUGUCACUGAAGCUUGUGGAAAGAAUUUCCGGACGGGAGGUCUGAUCGACUAUAUCCCGGAUGCGAAGUGGCGCAAGAGCGUCAAGAUUAUCCACGACUUUGCGGACGGAAUCAUCCAGGAAGCCAUGGAGGAAUUGCGGUCCGGGAAGCGGGACCCCAAAAGUCGCUACGUCUUCCUUCACGCCUUGCUCAACCAGACCCAAGAUCCGUACGCCCUUCGUUCGGAAUUGCUGAACAUCCUGCUCGCGGGCCGCGACACCACGGCGGGCUUAUUGUCCAACACCUGGCACGUGCUGUCGAAGCGACCGGACAUUUGGGCCAAGUUGAAGGCCGAGGUGGAUGGACUCGGCGGCGAGAAGCCAGACUACACGACGAUCAAGGAGAUGAAAUACCUGAAAUGGACGCUGAACGAGUCACUCCGGCUGAUGCCGGUCGUGCCCGGCAACAGUCGUGAAGCCAUCCGCGACACCAUCCUGCCCCUUGGUGGAGGCAUGGACGGCAAGGCGCCUGUGUUGGUCAGGAAGGGGCAAGUGGUGGCAUAUUCGCCUUGGUCAAUGCACCGACGUGAGGAUUUCUAUGGACCUGAUGCGCUAGAAUUCAAGCCGGAGCGAUGGGAGUCCUUGAGACCAGGCUGGGAAUACCUGCCCUUCAACGGAGGGCCUCGCAUCUGUGUGGGCCAGCAGUAUGCCUUGAUGGAAGCAUCGUAUGCCACCAUUAGACUGAUCCAGACCUUCCCGAGGAUCGAGAGCCGAGAUGAUCGGGAGUGGCGCGAGUGGUUGACGGUGACGCUGGCCAGCGGUGUGGGGACCAAGGUCGCCCUUUUUGAGAAGUAA